AUGUUCAUUAUUAACCUGGCGUUAACAGACUUCCUCACGUGUGUGACUCAGACCCCCAUCUUCUUCAUCAACAGCAUGCAUAACAGGUGGAUCUUUGGAGAAAAAGGCUGGCAAUCAGUAAGUACAUCCCAUGUAUGGGUGUGUUGCUGUGUGUUCCUACCAGAGAUCGUUAUAGCAGCUUCAUGUGCUCCACCCGUCGUUCAUCCCUCACCAGUACAUCUGACCCUUGCAAGACUGGGCCUUACGGAGGCGGAACUCUCCUCUCGUCCGGCCAGUCGUCAGGUGUCUAGUGAUGUCACCCAGCCCCACCCUACCUUCUCUCAGAGGUCAAAAGUUCAUUGUUCCCUGAAGGUGAAAAGUCACGACUCAGGGGUGUUUGAGAAAACCGCCUCUCAGUCCCCCUCUGACCCCGCUUUCUUCCACCUGCAACACACCACAACUCUGACAGAGCCAGAGGACAUCUCCAUACCUGAAGUCAUUGGUUUUACUAUUGUCCUUCCUGCUACUCUGGAAGAUGUCAGAAAGGAAAAGUCUAAAGGCAUAAGUGGGCGUGUCCCUUCCACAUGCCUAAACGACGCGAUCCCUGCCAUCAUCGUCACCUCUAUGGAAAUCCCCUUAAUGGGUGGGGUCUGUUGUGAGAGAACUGCUGGAUGUUGUGCAAUUGGACAAUGUAUGACACAGCUCUGUGUGUCGUUUCUCUCCUCCUCUAAAGGGCUCUACACUGCCAGCAUGGUAUCUAGUGUCUGUGUGUGUGUAACAGUAUUGCUUCCAUCCCGCUCCUCGCCCCAACUUGGGCUUAAACCAGGGACCCUCUGAACACAUCAUCAACAGUCACCCAAGAAGCAUGGUUACCUAUCGCUCCACAAAAGCUGCUGCUCCUUGCAGAGCAAGGGAAACAACUACUUCAAGGUCUCAGAGCGAGUGACGUCACCGAUUGAAACACUAGUAGCACACACUGCUAACUAGCUAGCCAUUUCACACCGUGUGUGUUUUGUAUUUGUGGAUUAGGAGACGUUUUCCAUUGAGCUGUAGAAAACACAAUCUGAAAACAGUUUCAGUCGAUGACUUUCCUUUUUAUGUUUUUAAACAUGGAGGAUUGUUCAUGUUUUCCUCUCCACAUUCUCUCCCUCCUCCUUUUCCCUCCCUCCUCCCCUACUUUCUCUCUCCUCCCUCCUGAAUUUAUUUACACAAAGUGUCUGUAGGCUAUUUCUCUCCUUCUCCCUGAAGAAUACACCGUUUUUCUACCCCUCGUGGAAUUAAAGGCAUUGUGUUGGUAUUAUUAUUGGAUCGAGGGAGUUUCUUUUUACAAUAUUCAUUCUUAUUUUUUACGGUUCUAUAUUUCAAGGAAAAUGGCAGAAUGGGUCAUUGUCUAUUGCUUAUCACCAUUUAGACCUGUCACCUAAGUGUGU